AAAUGUGCACUGGACUUUAAAUUUGCACAUGAAUGAUGCAGAGUAAUUCAGUUCAGAUUUAUAGUCCGUGAAGUCUUAGCUAUAUAUUGUACAUUAGCACUAUCACCUUAGUGCCAUUACUUUUCAUUACUACUACACUAUUUUUUUCGGUUUUUGUUAAAACGGUUAAUCUCCAAAAACCCCUCCUGAAAUGGAGAGCCAACACGGCAAGUGGACUCUGUCUGACAGCGAUGAUGAUGAUGAGAAUAACAUUGUGCCACCGACACCACCAAAAGACGUAAAGAAACCAUUAAAGAACAUCAAGCCUGAUGCAGAGCCCAAAGCCAGCCCAGUUAAUACACUGUUAAAGCCCAAAACUGAACCCAGGAAAGAAAACAGUGUGAAGCUCAAGACUGAAAAACCAACCAUCCCUGCCAUGGACUCUGAGGUUCGACAAGCCGCACACCUCCAUCAGAGUAAUCCAGUGAAAUAUGUCAUUAGUCCUUCAUCAGCACUGAAACGGAAGAGAGAAACAGAUGAGGGAGGCUGGAACCUCUCCAGCAGUAGUGAUGAGGAUAAGGAUGAUGGAGCGCCAUCAUCAACCUCCAAAAGCAAACCAAAGCCCAAACCACAGAGCUCGAGCCCUGUGAGGAAAAAGCCCGAGCAGAGUCGGCCCCCGAGCCCACACGGUCGUAAUUAUUAUAAGGAGGAGCCUAGUGAUUUCUUUGAGGCAAGCUUGAAUAAUAUGAACGAUAUGUACCGCUUUUAUUUAAACAAAGUUAUGGGGAUAGAAAAGAAGUACAACACUGGAGCUUUGCACAUUAAAGAAAUACUGUCCCCCAUGUUUGGGACACUAAAGGAAUCCGUCCAGUUUAACUACUGCUUUGAUAUUCCAUGGAUGGUGCAACAAUAUCCUCCCGAGUUUAGGAAUAAACCUGUAACUAUUGUGCACGGAGAGAAGCGAGAGUUGAAGGCUCGGCUCAUUCGGCAGGCUGAGCCCUACAGCCAUAUUCGCUUCUGUCAGGCCAAGCUGGAUAUUGCCUUUGGGACUCAUCACACGAAGAUGAUGCUCUUAUGGUAUGAGGAAGGCUUCAGAGUUGUCGUCCUGACGUCCAACCUCAUCCAGGCUGACUGGUACCAGAAGACUCAAGGACUGUGGAUGAGUCCUCUGUACCCGCGGUUACCAGAAGGAAGCCCCGAGACGGCCGGCGAGUCUCCUACACACUUCAAACGAGACCUGCUGGAGUAUCUGAACGCAUACCGAGCUCCGGAGCUGGCCGAAUGGAUCGAGCGCAUCAAAGAACACGACCUGUCAGAAACCAGGAUCUACCUUAUUGGUUCUAUGCCAGGGAGGUUUCAGGGCUCUAACAUGGAGAAGUGGGGUCACUUGAAAUUGAGGAAGUUGCUAAGUGAACACACACAUCCAGUGCAGAACGCCGAGAAGUGGCCCGUGAUUGGUCAGUUCUCCAGCAUCGGCUCUAUGGGCCUCGAUAAGACCAAAUGGCUCUCAGCAGAGUUCCAGCGUACGCUGAUGACGUUAGGAGAGAGCGGAAAAUUGUUAAACACCUCAGAGACACCACUUCUGCUGGUCUAUCCUUCAGUGAAUAAUGUACGAACCAGUUUGGAAGGCUACCCAGCUGGAGGUUCUUUACCCUACAGUAUACAGACAGCACAGAAGCAGAUCUGGCUCCAUUCCUAUUUCCAUGGAUGGAGAGCUGAAACCACAGGCAGGAGCAGUGCGAUGCCCCACAUUAAGACCUACAUGAGGACGUCACCAGAUUUCUCUCAGUUGGCCUGGUUUCUCGUUACAAGUGCCAAUUUGUCCAAAGCUGCCUGGGGGGCGAUGGAGAAAAACAGUACUCAGAUGAUGAUUCGUUCCUAUGAGCUGGGAGUUCUGUACCUGCCUUCAGCCUUUCACAUGAGCACAUUUCCAGUCGAGAAGAACAUCUUCCCUGUGUCCAGCUCCUCCACAGGUUUCCCUGUGCCUUUUGAUUUACCACCACUUCGCUACUCCAGUAAAGAUCAGCCAUGGAUCUGGAACAUCCCAUACACACAAGCACCAGACACUCACGGCAAUAUCUGGGUCCCGUCCUGAAACCCAUUCCCACUGCUGCUUGGAUGCAAAGGGCCAAACAAGGACAGGAAGUACCUGCUGGUUAUUACUAUAUUAUUAACUAGACUCUUAACUACUGUCAACAUGGUUCUGAAAAUAACAAUUAAAAAAACCAGACUGUGAGAAUUUUUUAUAUUGUUUGGUAAUAAAGAACUAAGAAUCAUAAA